AGCCUCGGGCGGCCUGGCGCUGCGUCUCUGAGACACCGCCGGCGCGAGUGGUACCACCGGCCGUCGAGUGCUGGGCGGCGUGCGCGGCAGGCUCCGGUCGGCUCCGGUCCGGCUCCCUCGCCUGGUGAGCUCCGCAGCAUGCUCCGGUCCGGCUCCCUCGCCUGGUGAGCUCCGCAGCUGUCUCUGGUCCGGCUCUCUCUCAUAGUGAGCUCCGCAGCUGUCUCCGGUCCGGCUCCCUCGCCUGGUGAGCUCCGCAGCUGUCUCCGGUCCGGCUCUCUCGCCUGAUUUCUUUUCCACAACAUCUUGCUCGUCGCCUUCCCUUGAAACCUUGCUAUUAAGAAGCCCAAAGCGUGUCCCACGGUUCCUGGAUCACAGUGUUUUUGGCCGCCAAACAAGUGACUAUCCUCUCCUACAAACCAGAGCACAAAUCUGUUGACUGCUAAACCUGGACCUCCAUCUGUUGCUUGCCCCGUAGCUCAGGGUCUCCAGCCGUCCCCCGUCUCCCUUCCUGCUCCUUGGGCAACUCAGCCGUUCCCGCCAUGUCGAAUCCGGCCCACCUGGUGCGGAAGCAGAGCUCACGAGACUUGAAGCCGCCCUCGUCUGACCAGCUGGAGAUGAAGGAGCUGCGCUCGCGGCUCGUGCCUCGCGUCAGCCGAGAGCCGGAGUACGGCGCCACCAACGCCGCCUUCGAGGAGCCGGCCGCGCUCAAGCUGGAGAAUGGCGAUGCGGACGUUCCACCAGCGAAGCAGCCGGAGCGGGAAUCAUGGGACAACAAAUUCCAGUUUCUUUUGGCGACGAUAGGCUAUGCGGUCGGCCUCGGCAGCGUGUGGCGGUUUCCAUAUCUCACUCAGAGGAACGGUGGAGGGGCCUUUCUCAUCCCGUUCUUCAUCAUGCUGUUCAUACUGGGCAUCCCUGUGUUCUACUUGGAGCUGGCGAUUGGCCAGAGGCUGCGGAAGGGGGCCAUCGGAGUCUGGAACCAGGUCUCCCCCUACCUGGGAGGCAUCGGCAUGGCCAGCUGCUUUGUGUCGCUCAACGUUGCGCUCUACUACAACACAAUCAUUGCCUGGUGCCUGUACUACUUGUUUCAUAGCUUGACAUCCCACUUACCUUGGGCAGAGUGUCCCAGAGAAUACUUUCCGAACAAGUCUUACACCGUCAACGAGGAAUGCGAGGCUAGCAGCCCGACCGAGUACUUCUGGUACCGGGACACGCUGGACAUCUCGUCGGACGUGAACUCACCACAGGGCUUCAACUGGCACAUCGGCGGCUGCCUGCUGGUCGCCUGGGUCCUCACCUAUCUCUGCAUGGCCAAGGGCAUCGCGUCGUCCGGCAAGGUGGUGUACGUGACAGCCACCUUUCCGUACCUGGUGCUCAUCAUCUUCUUCAUUAGGGGUGUAAUGCUGGAAGGCAUGGAGGAUGGUCUUCGGCAUCUCUUUACACCCGAUUUCCAGAUGCUGAAGGACCCGGUGGUCUGGCUGGAGGCGGGCACGCAGAUCUUCUUCUCGUUCGGCCUGGGCUUCGGUGGCCUGAUUGCUUUCUCAUCGUACAACCCGCCUGACAACAACUGCUUCCGCGACGCCGUCACCGUCGGCCUCCUGAACGCCGGCACCGCCAUGUUCGCCAGCAUUGUCGUCUUCUCCGUGCUAGGUUUCAAGGCGCACAACACGCACAACCGGUGUCUGCACGCCCGGGAGCUGGAGCUGAACGCCAGCAUCGCCAGCUACCUGGGCGCCGGUGCAGCCACCGACGUCACCGUGCCGCCAGACGUGUACGAUCGCAUGAUGGCCGGCCUGCGGGAGUGCGACCUGCAGGAGGAGCUGGCUAACUCCGGCUCCGGCACCGGCCUGGCCUUCAUCGUGUUCACCGAGGCCAUCAACCAGUUCCCAGCGGCGCCGUUCUGGUCCGUGCUCUUCUUCCUCAUGCUCUUCACGCUCGGCAUCGACUCCGAGUUCGGCACGCUCGAGGGCGUCAUCACGUCCAUCGUCGACCUUAAAGUGUUCCCCAACCUGCGGAAGGAGGUGCUCACGGGCAUCAUCUGCGUCAUCUGCUGCUGCAUCUCGAUGGUGUUCGCGCACGGUGCAGGAAACUACCUCUUCAUCUUGUUCGACGACUUCAGUGGGAACCUGCCGCUGCUCAUCGUGGCUCUCUUCGAAUGCUUCGGCAUCGCCUGGGUCUACGGCCUGAGGAGGUUCUGUGACGACAUCGAGAUGAUGACGGGAAAGCGGCCUCACUGGUACUGGCUGUUCUGCUGGAAGUACCUCUCACCUUUCACAAUGAUCGUCAUCCUGGUUGCCUCCAUCGUCAAACAAAUCAAAGAUGGCGCAGGGUACCAGGCGUGGGACGCAGCUAGUGCCACCGUAGUCACGAAACUGUGGCCGCACUGGGCCUGGGGACUGAUCGCCGUGCUCGUGCUUAUCUCCGCACUCUGGAUACCGGGCGUGGCGCUGGCGAGGUACCUGGGUGUACACGUCAUCCCGGCCGAGGAGCCGGCUUGGUUCCCGGUGUCGGACCUCCGCGAGAUGCACUCGGUCAAGACGCACCAGCUGACAGCGCUGGAGAGCACCCUCUUCUGUCUGCACGAGGACGGCAGCGAGGGCUGCUGCUUCCGCACUGGGCCCUACGAGGACGACGAGGACGAGGACACGGCCGUGGCCGGGCCUUGAGCGCUGCGGAGGAGCGGCCCCGCUCCGACAGCGCCCGGCUUGUCCCGCACGCGCGUCACAUGGCCGGCCAGCCAGCCACG